AUGUCAACACCACAGCCCAGCAACCAUGGUAUCGACCUCAGCACGUUGCGCGACCACCUGGAACAAAUCGCCCUGGAAGCGGGCGUCAUGAUAACCACGGCACACCCAUCCCUGACGUCCACGGCAACAGGGACGAAGAAGAACACCGCAGACCUGGUCACCGAGACGGACCAAGCGGUGGAAGCGUUCAUCUCGGCACGCCUGAAGACGCUGUACCCGACAUUCUCAUUCCUGGGCGAGGAGACGUACCAGCCGGGGAUGAAACUGGGGCCUGAGCCGACGUUCGUGGUGGACCCGAUCGACGGGACGACAAACUUCGUGCACCGCUGGCCGUACGUCAGCAUCAGCCUGGGGUUCGCGGUCGAGCGCGUCCCGACCGUCGGCGUCGUCUUCAACCCGUUCACGCGCAAGCUGUACUCCGGCGUCCGGGGCCAGGGCAGCUCCGUGCGCGAUGUGCCGCUCGACAUCGCUCAGGACCGGGACACGCCGCGGCCACAGAGGCACACCCUCCCGCUCAAGCCGCUCGAGCCCCUGCCAGGCCUCGACAGCAGCCUCAUCGCCAUCGAAUGGGGCUCCGACCGGAGCGGCGCGAACUGGUCCACCAAGUGCAACACGUGGGCGCGGCUCGGGCGUGACAAAUCCGAAGGAGGUGCCAUGGUGCACAGUGUGCGCGCCUUGGGGUCGGGGGCGUUGAAUCUGUGUGCUGUCGCGGAGGGGACCAUCGACGCUUACUGGGAGGGCGGGUGUUGGGCCUGGGAUGUCUGUGCCGGCUGGGUCGUCCUCACCGAGGCGGGAGGCAUUGUCGUGGAUGGGAACCCGGGGGUUUGGGGACGCGAGAUCCCUGUCGAUCACAGGAAGUAUCUUGCCGUUAAAGGGGCGAGGGAUGGAGAGGGCCAGAAGGAGUUUGUGGAGGAUUUUUGGCGGAAUAUUGAGGGCGUUAUGGUUUACGAGCAUUGA